AUGUCCUACCCUUCUUACCCCCCGUUUGCCAGCACGUCUACCCCCUUUGGAGUCUACAUCACGUAUACUCGUCGACCCUCCCCCAAGAAUAGGAUCCUUGCCGCUCAGCACGUCUGGGAAGCGACAUCGAACAAUGUUGUUAUCGCUACCUUGAUCGUGGACGACAGUGUGGUUCGCGCCAGCAACAAGGGGACGGGAGCGGUCGUGGACUGCAAGUUUGUCCUCUACUAUCUGCAGCAGUCCACGGAGCAGCGAAUCACCAUACGCUUCUCGAAGCAAGUUUGCAAAUUGACCGGCCUCAAUAUCGAGCGGAUUGUGGAGCGUAACGCGGGUACUGGGGAAGUGCUUCGUGUUGUGACCAAGAGAUACGUUCGCAAGCUCCUUCGCUUCGCGCUCUGA